AUGAGCAGCUUCCGGGCGAAAGAGCUGGAGGAUCUCCGCAUGGAGCUCCGCAGGGAGCUCCGCAUGUACGGCGACGACGACGAGGACGACGGCGUCAUGGACACGCCACCGCGCUCGCGCCCGGGCGCGGCGUCCCGCUUCGGCACCACCGAUCGCCCCGCCACCUCCACCGGCCUCCUCCACCGGCCCACGUCGUCUUCCUUCGCGGUGAAGACCGCGGGCCCGGGACGUUCGUCGCUGGCGCACGACGCCAUCGAGGAGCGCCCGUCCCGAAGGCCCGCCACGUCGUCCAACGCGACCGCGAUCAACCGCGGCCUCGGCUCGCGUCCGAUGUCGGCGUCCAAGGAGCGGCUCAUGGGGCAGUAUUCAUCCCUCGGGAAGCUCGCCAUGGCGACGCCCGGGGGCAAGGAGAACCGAUGGGACGGAGUCCCGGGAUCCGCGAGAAGGCGACCGACGACGCCGCGGGACCUGUACGACUACAACGGCCGCCGGAUCGAUCCUAGCGCGCGCGCGACGACGACGACGACGACGACGCGCGAGGCGUUCACGCCAAGGUCGAAUCUACGGGAACUCGACGAAUCAGACUCCCGCGGGAGAGCCGGGGGGCGCGCCGCCGAACGAACGCGACCGAGCACGGCGUCCACCGCGCGCCGCCGCCGGCCGUCCACCGCACGCGCCGCGUCCGACAAGCCGGAAUACGACGGCGACGGCCGGAGGAUCACCCGCGACGGGCGGCUGCGACGCGACGUCGAGGAGCCGGCGGCGUCGAGAGGCGGAGGGGCGACGACGAUUCGUAAGACUCGAUGGGGCGGGUUCGAGGAGGUACCCCUCAAAAGGGCGGUCGACCCUCGGCGGCCCUCGAGUUCGGCCGAUCGGGGGCGCGGGAACAUGAGUGCCAGGUCGUCGUCGAGCGUGCUGGACCGACCCGCGUUCGAUACCGGGCCGGGCGGGCUCGGCAUCGACCACAGGGACCCGGCGAGGAUAAAUAAAACCGAAAAAGCCGGCGGGAGGGUUACCGCCUCUCGAAGAGGCGGGAGGUACGACGACGACGACGACAGGGAGGACAAGGAGGACCGGAUGCCGAGCAACACACGCGGCGGCGGGGUGGACGCGGCGAUGGACGCGCGCGCCAGGAUCCCCCCGACGGCCGGAGAGGACGACGACGACGGUGCACCGCCGUUUCGGUCUCGGCUCCGCGGUCCCGCCACCGCCAGAUCCCGGGUGCGAACGCCCUCCUCCUCGAGGGGACUGGACGCGAGCGCAGCGAUGGACGCGCCCAUCGCACAUCCCCGUCCCGCUCCUUCGGCGCAUAACCGUUACGAUAACCGUUACGGAGGAGGAGGCGUCCGCUCGAGCCGGGAGUUCGGCGGCGGGUAUCGCUCCGCGGCUCCGAGCGCGCCGACGACGCCGGUCGGGGCGUCGACGGCCCAUGACCGUCACGUCAGCGCCGAGGAUCUCGUCGAGUCGGUGCGACGCGCGAUUCCGACCGCGGUUCCGACCGCCGCCGCCGCGCCCCCGAGCGUCUACUUCGAUCGGCACCAGCGCCCGAACACUUCAUAUGGUAACCCGGUUCAUAUGGAGACGAUGAGAAAUUUUGGGCCGGGCGGGUCGAGGCCUUCGUCCGCGGCUCCCACGCCGGCGAGACCCGCGACGAGUCACGGCGGGUACGGGUCGGGGACGCCGGGGGGUGGGUACGGGAUAGGUCUGGACGCGGCGCACACGAAUUACCUGCAGCAGAUGCACCAGUACCAGCAGUACCAGCAGUACCAGCAGACGCAGCAGACGCAGCCGAUGCAACCAAUGCAGCAGCCGAUGCAGCAGCCGAUGCAACCGAUGCAGCAGCAUGGUUACCAUCAACCGCAGCCGGCGUACCCCGGGUUUCAGUACCACCAGCAGGCGCGGCAACAGUUUCACCAGCCCGUCACCGCGAACGACGACUUUCAGGCCACGCUGGCGCGCGCGCAGGCGCUCGCGUACGCCCCGUCGCCGUCGAAGCUGGCGGCUUCCUACGGCGGCCAGGGGUUCGGGUUCGACGCGGGUUCGGCGCAGGGCGGGUACCAGUACCACAAUCCAAACUACCGCAACCUGCCGCACCAGGCGUAUCAGCAGGCGUCGCCCGGUGGGUUUUAUCUGGGCGGGGCGUACGGAGUCGGCGGGACGGCGACGGGCGCGGCGGCGGCGUUUCAGAGGUACGGCGGAGCUUUCUGA